CCUGCUUGAAACACUUCCUGUUAGCACACGUGUGUAGCAGGGAGCCUGGGUUUAGAACUUCCGUAGUUACUGCUUAGGAUUCGUUUUCUUUAUCGGUGUAUACUGUUAAAGGGUCACAAUGAAGCCGAGGCGGCAUCGCAAACAAGCACCCAGCUUCCGUAAGCUCCUGAAAACCAGCAAAUUAAAGCUUGAAAACAAGUUAAAGAACAAGCAGUACAAACAAGAAAGCAGCGCAAAGAAGCACAGAAAAGAGCAGAAAAAGCUCCGGGAGGCUGUGCGAGAUGUUUGUUCCAAAAAGCCAGUCCCGCUGGAUAACACCUAUAAGAGGAAGCAGCCAGUGGAAAAUCAGGAGGUGGAAGAUGACGCUCUACCAUUGGACAUGAUGGAUGAAGAUGAUUUGGAGCUUAUGAGAGAAAUGGCUCAAAGAGCAUCAUUUCUAACGAGAGACCUCUCCUCCAGUGAGCCAGUUCAUGCUAACAAGAGAAAACAGGAUAGUUUGAUGAAUAAAUAUGAGAAGAUGCCAAGACGCAUGAAAAUGGAGGAAGAGAAAGAAGUUAUCCAUCUGCUUCCCAUUAAAGACAAAAGGGGGAUCAUUCCCCAGAGCAUUGAAAAGCCAGUUGUCCUUUCAGAUGAAGAAGUAGUAGAAGAAAUGGAAACUGAAGAACCACCAGAAGAACCUCAGGAACCUGUGCGGAUACUUACUGCUGAGGAACUAUUGGCUCAGAGGAGAGAUAAGCUACAGGAAAAGAAGACGCAGAUUGCAUCAUUGGCGUCCUCUAUACUCUCAGACCCAGAAAACAGUAUAAAAAAACUGAAAGAGCUGCGAGCCAUGCUGAUGGAGCAAGACCCGACUGUGGCUGUUACUGUCAGGAAGAUGGUUAUGAUAUCACUCAUGGAAGUAUUUAAGGACAUUACACCUUCUUAUAAGAUUCGCCCAUUAACAGAAGAUGAAAAGAAUUCUAGGGUAAAAAAAGAAACUCAGAGGUUGCGAGAAUUUGAAGAAGGUCUCGUCAGCCAGUACAAAUUUUAUUUGGAAAAUCUGGAACAGACAAUAAAAGACUGGAAGCAGAUGAAGGCAAAGAAAAGUGAAGUUGUCCCAUUAAAAGCUUACAAAGGCCUGGCGGAGGUAGCUGUGAAUUGUUUAUGUGAACUGAUGGUAUCGCUUUCCCACUUCAACUUCCACAACAAUAUCAUUGUUUUGAUUGUGCCUCUCGUUAAUGAUAAAUCCAAACAGAUUGCAAAUAUCUGCUGUGAAUCUUUGAAGAAACUGUUACGACAAGAUAAGGUUGGUUAUGCCUCUCUGGCCGCUGUUAAGUUGAUCUCGGGAAUGGUGAAGAGCAGAAAUUAUGAUGUCCGUCCAGAGGUGUUGCAUGUGUUUCUUCAUCUUCGAAUUAAGGAAGUGGAAUUAAAGAAAGAUACAGAGGCUACUACUCGUAAACAAAAUAUUAUGUCUUUUAAAGAUAAAAGGAAAAAUCUGUCAAGAAUGCAAAGAAAGUGGAAGAAAACGGAAGAGAAACUAGAACGAGAACUUCUUGAAGCAGAAGCUUCUGAAAACAAGGAGAAGAAGUUGAAGCUGCAUACAGAGACACUGAAUAUUGUUUUUUUAACAUACUUCAGAAUACUAAAGAGGGCUCAGAAAUCUGUUCUCCUUCCUGCUGUUCUGGAAGGUCUUGCAAAGUUUGCCCAUUUAAUAAAUUUGGAAUUUUUUGAUGAUCUUAUUGUUGUUCUACAUAAGCUCAUCGAUUCUGGGGAUCUGAACUAUAGAGAGAGUUUGCAUUGCGUUCAAUCAGCUUUUAAUAUACUUUCAGGCCAAGGUGAUGUUCUUAAUAUUGAUCCUCUGAAAUUUUAUAGCCAUCUUUACAAAACAUUAUUUGGACUUCAUGCAGGCCAUACGAACGAUGACACUGCAAUAGCGCUUCAGUGUUUGGAUGUGAUGCUCACUAAGCGCAGGAAACAAGUGUCACACCAGCGAGCUCUUGCUUUUGUAAAGCGACUCUCAACAUUGGCUCUGCAUGUCCUUCCAAAUUCUGCUAUUGGGAUCUUGUCUGCUAAUAGAGGAGUAAUGCAGGUAUUUCCAAAAACCGAUAUCCUCCUCGAUAAUGAAUCCCACGGCAGCGGGAUCUAUCUUCCUGAGCUUCACGAGCCGGAAUAUUGCAAUGCUCAGAAUACUGCCCUGUGGGAGCUGCAUUUACUACAGAGACAUUUUCAUCCUGUUGUGCGGAUAUUCGCAGCACAUCUUUGUGUAGGGGCCCCAUCUGAUGGCUCAGGGUCUUUACAUACGGAUUUAAGCCGCAGGUCUGCUCUGGAACUAUUUGCAGAUUAUAGUAUAAAUGGAAUGACAUUCAACCCACCUGUUAACGAAUCUGUUCCUAAAAGAAAGGCAAAACCUAAAGUGCAUGAGCUAAAUGAGAACUUAAACGAGUUCAUUCAAACGCAGCUUGAAAAGGUAUCUACAGAACAGCUGGAUUUUGCAAGUCUUUUUAAACCACAGUCUACAUGAUCUGUACUGAACUGUGCAAGAACAAGCUGAAGAACACGUAUUCCACUUAUGGACAUUUUUAAAACAAAAACGAUACAUCUGGAAGGAAAAUGAUUCUGGUGCCCUUGUAUAUGUGACACUUAUAGACGAUGUUACAGAUCAUCAGCACCAUAAAUAAAACAUUUCUCUCACAAAAAAAGCUUUGCUUUGUUUUUAAAAAGAUUUCUUGCGCCUCACAUAGUUUAUGAUAUUUAAUGAUUCAAACGUGUGGAUGACAGAAAACGUACAAUAGCAAGUAUAGUUUAUUCCCUUAAAAUAACGGUCUUUUAAUUGUACAACACAAACUGUUUAUUUUCAUCAUAUACAAAUACAACUGUGUUUCAAGUGUGUAUACAUUAAGUAGUCCGGAUCAAAACUGACUUACAAAUCAAAUAUUUCAAAACUGGCACAAAAAGUCAAAUGUUAAAACAUUUUUUGAUAUACAUAAAUGUAUCACAAAACUCGCAGGACAAAUAUAACACUGAAAGCACAAGUAAUACGCGUUACAUUGCAAUAUUUAUAAUACAUUUAGAGUUGAUUAUGUGCUCUAUUGACCAAUCUUCUGUUGAGUGGUGAGCUACAGGCUAUUAAAGGGACGGCAAAGUGAUAUAUUUCUUUAAAUGUGUAUCUCUUCUGGUUCAUGUCAUAUAUAAUCAUCUAUUUAAUGUGCAUGUUUCCUUAUUACAAUAAAAAGUUAUGUAUAUUUA